GCCUCUAGCUGCUGGCAGAGGCUCAACCAUUGACUUCACAAUGGCCUCCUCCUCACUUCUCCUUUGCUUGGCUGCUAUGGUAUAUCUCACCGAAGCUGCACCACUGGUAACCCAUGGUUCCAUUGACUCUAAGUGUCCGCUUAUGGUGAAGGUCCUUGAUGCGGUUCGAGGAAGCCCAGCCACUAGCCUAGUAGUAAAAGUUUCCAAAAAAGCAGAGGAUGGUACUUGGAAGGAGUUUGCUAGUGGGAAAACAAAUGAAUUUGGUGAAAUCCAUGAGCUCACAACAGAUGAACUGUUUGUAGAAGGUUUGUAUAAGGUGGAGUUUGACACCAGCUCAUACUGGAAGGCCCUUGGCGUCUCUCCAUUUCAUGAAUAUGCUGAUGUGGUUUUCACUGCUAAUGAUUCUGGCCAUCGGCAUUACACUAUUGCUGCUCUUCUCAGUCCCUUUUCUUAUUCAACCACAGCUGUUGUCAGUGACCCAAAGGAAUGAGACUGUAUGUUAUUCUCACAAAGCUCUCUCUGCUGUUCCACUUUUGUAGGAUUAUUUUAAAAGGAGACAGUCAAUUUGUAUAAUCAAUGGCUUGUUUGCUGCAGUAGGAUCUAGCACUGACAUCUUUCUCAGACCUCUUAUGAAAUACAUGAAUAAAUGCUCCUCCUCUAAACA